AUCUUUUUCCCGCCGCAGGAGGAGGAGGAGGAAGAGAAGGAGCAUGGGGGGAGAGCAGCCCGCAACACGUCGUCACGGAAAUGUAAUAUUCAUCUUUUUGUUUUUAUGAGACACAUUGGAGACAUGGAGGCAACAGACGGGUGCGAAUUUUAGGAAAUAGGACAAGAAGAAGAAAAGAAGAAAGUGGAAGGGAACGGAUCACAGCCGUACCGAAAGAACAGAGGACAUUGCCGCAUACACACUGGGAGAAGAUGCCGUUCCAUCAUGUGACGGCAGGCCUGCUGUACAAAGGCAACUACCUGAGCCGCUCGCUCUCGGACACUGACAGCGACGUGUUGGCCAGUAUCUCUGUGGAGGAACUCCAUGAGAUCCGGGAGGCCUUCAAGGUUCUGGAUCGUGAUGGGAACGGUUUCAUCUCAAAGCAGGAGCUGGGAAUGGCCAUGCGCUCGCUGGGAUACAUGCCCAGCGAGGUGGAGCUCGCCAUCAUUAUGCAGCGGCUCGACAUGGAUGGUGAUGGCCAGGUGGACUUUGAGGAGUUCAUGACCAUCCUGGGCCCAAAACUUCUCUCUUCUGAAACCAGAGAAGGUUUCCUGGGAAGUACCAUCGACACCAUCUUCUGGCAGUUCGAUAUGCAGAGGAUCACCCUGGAGGAGCUGAAGCACGUCCUCUUCUACGCCUUCCGAGACCACCUGACCAUGAAGGACAUUGAGAACAUCAUCAUCAAUGAGGAAGAGAGCCUCAAGGAGAAUGCAGGAAACUGUCAGACCGAAUUUGAAGGAGUGCACCCGUCCAAGAAGAACCGUCAGACGUGUGUGAGGAAGAGCCUGAUCUGCGCCUUCGCCAUGGCGUUCAUCAUCAGCGUCAUGCUGAUCGCAGCCAAUCAGAUGCUGAGGAACGGCAUGGAGUAGCCAGCCCCACUGUGACAUACACAUACACACACACACACACUCACAUAUUCCGUUUUUUUGCUCGCGCUCCACCCCUUUACUCCGACAGCAGGGACUCUCAAGGGCUGCCGUUACCCACAAUCCUCCUCUGUCCUCUUCUGAUGAUGCAAUAACUCGGCGCCGGCGGCAGGAAGGAGCGCUUGAAAUUUUGUUUGUGCAGACGAAACCCAUGUUCGGGAAGGACCGCUUGAUUCCGGAGCCGCAGAACGUGGGCGGAAGGUCCAUGUGGACAAGCAUCAAGAUGCGUGUGGAGGGAAAGAAUGCGUCCAACCUGGAAACCUCACACAAGUAUGGCGAACACACCUUCUGGUUGCCGCACGGAAUGCUGGGAUUUCUUUUUUUUUUUAUAUAUAUAUCAUCUGUCAGUUUGGACUUAAGAUCCUCCGAGUGGGGAAUCAAACAAGGAUUCCUUUAAGUCAAAGACACCAAACACCUAACGUCCUGGCUUCUUGUAUUCUUCCAUUGUUUUCCUCCUGAUCUUGGCCUCCUCCUCCACUGUUGUCCCCUUACCUUCUUCUUUUUCAUCCCACUCCCUCUUUCUCCUCUCAUCCUUUUUCAUCUUUGUCCCGCCUCCUCCUUCUUUCUCCUGCCUCUUCCUCUUCACCCCCCCCCUCCUCAUUUCUACUCCUCUCACCUUUUUGCCCUCCUCCCUUGUCUUCCAUUAAUCCCCUCAACCUUUCUCCCCUCUUCUGCCGUUCCCUUCCUCCUCCUUCCUCCUCACCGGAGCAUGAAUAUUCCUCCCGUUUGCCACCGUCUUCUUCUGACUUCCUGUUUCACACGGCGACCAAGUGUGUUGAGGAGACUAGAUGGCGCCGUCCCAUCUCGUCCAUCUGUGCUGUUUGUGUGCGUGCCCGCGCAUGCGCAUGUGUUUGUGUUUCCACUUCCUUCUUCUGAUUUGAUGAAUCAGUUCACCGUUAUCAAUUGACUGAUUAAUGACUGAUUGAUGAGUGAUGCUGGAGGUCACUUUGCAUAAUAAGCUUUACACAUGAUCAAGCACAUACAGCAGCAAUACUGAUAUCACAAUACAAUAUCCAUAAAUCCAUUUUGUAUAGCUUGCCCUCUUUGAAGUGAUCAGUUGACCUUUGGAAAGAGAAGGGAGGCACACCCUGAACUUCUCACCAGGGCACAUAUAGACAAACAACAAUUCACACAA